AUGGAAACGGGAUGCUGGCUGCUUGGGGGCGAGUUCGAGGACUCGGUGUUCGAGGAGAGGCGGGAGCGGCGGCCUAGACCACCCGAGUCGUACCGCGCCAAACGCUGCGAGCCGCAGUGGUUUUAUGAAGAAACAGGGAGCAGCGAUGAUGUUGAAGCUCUGACUGUCCAGAAAUUCAAAGGGGACCUGGCCUACAGACGGCAAGAGUAUCAGAAAGCACUGCAAGAGUAUUCCAGUAUCUCAGAAAAACUGCCAUCUACAAAUUUUGCCAUGAAAAGGGAUGUCCAGGAAGGCCAGGCUCGAUGCCUUGUUCACCUGGGAAGGCACAAGGAAGCCAUGGAGAUUGCCACAAACUUGGAAAAUAAAGCAACUAACACAGACCAUUUAACCACUGUACUCUACCUCCAGUUUACUAUUUGUUCCAGUUUGCAGAACUUGGAGAAAACCAUUUUCUGCCUACAGAAACUGAUUUCUUUGCAUCCCUUUAAUCCUUGGAACUGGGGCAAAUUGGGAGAGGCUUACCUGAACCUGGGGCCAGCACUCUCAGCAUCGCUUGCGUCAUCUCAGAAAGAGAACAGUUUCACCUCAAGUGACACGGUUAUCAAAUCCUCCUUUCCCCACUCAGGAAAAGACUAUCUUUUGUGUUUCCCUGAAACUUUGCCUGAGAGCUCUGUGGAAGUAAGCAGUGGUAAUAAGCAAAAGAAUGAGAAAGUUCUUAAAGAUAUUAAAAACUGUAUGACAGAAGAGAGAGCAGCAGUGUUGCUGGAAACUCAGAUGAAAGCCUGUGCCUCUUUUAUACGAACCAGGCUCUUGCUUCAGCUUGCCCAAUCUCAGCAAACAUCGUUUGCUUUGGAGAGGAACUUAAGGACUCAGCAGGAAAUUGAAGAUAAAAUGAAAAGGUUCAGCUUCAAAGAAGACACUUUGCUGUUGAUAGCAGAGGUUAUGGGCGAAGAUAUCGUCCCAGAAAAACUCCGAGACGAGGUUCACACGGAGGUCAAGUGUGUUGGCCCCGCGGCCCUGACUUCCUUGGCGAUCGGGUCUUCGGAAGAGUUUGAAGACAAGUGGUUCAGAAAGAUCAAAGACCACUUCCAUCCCUUUGAAAAUCAGUUCCACACAGAGAUACAGAUCUUGCCUUAG